AUGAAAGUUAAACAUUUUAUUCCACAACUUUUUUUAACAAUAACGUUCCUGCAAGAACCUAUAUAUGGCAGGGAAUAUUUAGUCAGUCUCAAACAAAAUGAUUCAAUUCAAAGUUUCAUGGAUUCCACUAUCACAAGAGGGCGAUCAGUAAAGGAAUAUUUAAGAGAUAAGAUUGGGAAGACAUUUUCCAUUGGUUCAUUCAAGGGAUUCACAGUGGAUUUGACUGAUGAUUUGUUGGAGGCCAUUAAGAAAAAUCCAUUGGUUUCAGACGUGGUUCCCAAUUUGAGAGUGCAUGCCUUUGAAGAUGUGAAGGAUGAGGAAGGUGAUGAUGAUGGUGGUCAAUUUGAUAAUAAGAUGCAGAAAGGGAAAUGUUCAGUGAAAGUGCAGUAUGGUGCUCCGAGACACCUUGCCAGAUUAUCGAGAAGAAAACAAUUACCUUAUGAUUUUGAAGAUAAGGAAGCAUAUUUGGAUUCAUUGAAGUAUUUUUAUGAUAAGAGAAGUCAAGGUGCAAGUGUUAAUGCGUAUAUUAUUGAUUCAGGUAUCUAUUUAGAACAUGAAGAAUUCAAUGGUAGAGCCAUCCCUGGGAUUGAUUUAACUGGUGAAGGAUCUGGUGAUUAUAAUGGACAUGGGACACAUGUUGCCGGUAUUGUUGGUUCCAAGAGUUAUGGAGUUGCUAAGAAAGUGAAACUCAUUGAAAUUAAAGUACUUAACCGAUUAGGUCAGGGAAGUUUAGCCAUGGUACUUGGUGGAAUUGAAUUUGCUGUUAAACAUUGUCAAGAGACUAGUAAGAAGGGAAGAUGUGUGGCUAAUUUGAGUUUAGGAUCAAUGAGGACCGCGAUUUUAAAUAAAGCCAUUAAAGCAGCCAUUGAUGCCGGUUUAGUGGUGGUUGUCGCAGCAGGUAAUAAUAAUUUGAAUGCCUGUUGGUAUAGUCCAGCAUCUGCACCUGAAGCCAUUACAGUGGGCGCAUUUGAUGAUCGUAUUGAUGCAAUUGCGAAAUUUAGUAAUUGGGGUCAAUGUUUAGAUAUAUUUGCCCCUGGAGUGGUAAUUAAAUCGUUAUCAAUCUUUAAGGAUAAGGAAGAUGUUACUUAUUCUGGAACCUCGAUGGCAUCGCCCACUGUGGCAGGCUUAGCUGCUUUAACGUUAGAUCAAGGCGUUUCAGCGGAAGAAGUGAAAGAUUAUAUACUUGAGAUGGGUACCGAUAAUGUAUUCCACCGACGCAGUCUUUUAUUCAAGCCUGGGACUCCGAAUAAGAUAUGUUUCAAUGGAGUCAAGAGAAAUGAGGAAGAAUACGAUGAUGAAAAUGAAGAGGAUAAUGAAGUUGCGGAUACGUUGGAAAACAUUGUAAUUCCAAAGACGGGUGAGAUGCCGUCGUCAAUAGAUGACAGUGACGAUAAGAGAGUGGCCCCUGAAGAAGACCUUGUUCCCCUGGGACAGAUUCAUUUCAAGAGAGGAGAGGAGAAUGACGAGAAUAGGAGAUGA